AACUCACCUCAUCACAUCGAUCAAGCAGGUCCACUACUGCAGCAGCAAGGGAACCUAGCGGCCAGGCAGGAACUGAUCCAGUCAAGCUGCGAUCCGGCAUGGCGAGCUCAGCGGCGACGACGACGUCGAGGGUCCUGCUGGCCCUCGGGCUGGCGCUCCUCUGCGCCGCCGGCCCGGCCGCCGCGCAGAACGUGGCCAGCGUCGUCACCGACGCCUUCUUCAACGGCAUCAAGAACCAGGCCCCGGGCUCGUGCGAGGGCAAGAGCUUCUACACGCGGAGCGCGUUCCUGAGCGCCGUCAACUCGUACCCGGGCUUCGCGCACGGCGGCUCCGAGACCCAGGGCAAGCGCGAGAUCGCCGCCUUCUUCGCGCACGUCACGCACGAGACCGGACACCUCUGCUACAUCAGCGAGAUCAACAAGAGCAACAGCUACUGCGACCCCAACAACAGGCAGUGGCCGUGCGCGGCGGGGAAGAAGUACUACGGGCGCGGCCCGCUGCAGAUCUCGUGGAACUACAACUACGGGCCGGCGGGGAGGAGCAUCGGCUUCGACGGGCUCGGGAACCCGGACAGGGUUGCUCAGGACCCCGUGAUCGCGUUCAAGACGGCGCUCUGGUUCUGGAUGAACAACGUGCACGGGGUGAUGCCGCAGGGGUUCGGCGCCACCACCAGGGCCAUCAAUGGCGCCCUCGAGUGCAACGGGAGGAACCCCGACCAGAUGAACGCGCGCGUGCGAUACUACAGGCAGUACUGCCAGCAGCUCGGCGUCGACCCCGGGAGCAACCUAACCUGCUAGAGGUGUUGCUUGGGUUCAUGGAUGCCUGCUUGGCUCCUGAAGAAUAAAGGGAUGAUGCUCGGCGUCGCAUACUUGUAAUGGCGCCGGGAGUGAAACCCAGAGCUUAUGUACUAGUACUUUAGUAGUAGCAACAAUAAAAAUGCAGGGCUGGGACUGUGUAAUUCGACCUAAGCUAAUAAUAAUAAUAAAAAGCACUGUGCGGCGAGCUGAGCACUUGGCAAGUUUCUA